AUGGCAGACUCUGUAUACGUCGACGAAGAUGUCGGCGUUGACGAGACAACACAGCAGGGCACUGAAGCCUCGCCAUACAAGUCGCUACAGUUUGCAUACCUUCAGCGCCCCGGCGCAGCCCAGUACCUCAUACGCAAGUCUACCACCGGCGCGACACCUGAUGGCGCGGAUGCUUCAGUGCGCGAAGAAUGGAAGCCUGCAGCAAAAUCAGCCCUAAAGAAAGCCGUCAACUUCUACGAGCAGCAGAAAAAGAAGGAUGCGCGGGCAAGGGAGCUUGCCGCGAAGCAAGAGAAGGAGGACGAAGAGCGACAGAAGGUACUUGAGGAAGCGAAGAAGAUUGCCGUCGAGGAGGACAUGAGCCUGCCGAAGGCGGAGAAGAUCAAACUCAACGAGACUGAUCCGCGGAAGGUGAAGCUGGGGAGGGGGACUCGGGAUAAGGAAGUCGACUACAGCAGCAGCGGGCGAGGCACGCGAGUACGGGUCCUUGGACGCGUACAUCGAGCGCGGAAGCAGAAGGACGUGCUUUUCAUUACGCUACGGGACGGCUACGGAUACUUGCAGUGCGUGCUCACGGGGCCGCUGGCAAAGACCUACGAUGCCAUCACCCUCACACUCGAAAGCUCUAUUGAAAUCACUGGUGAGAUGUGGGAAGUUCCUCCUGGUGCUCAUGCGCCAAACGACCGCGAACUGCACGCAGAUUUCUUCAGGAUACAGAAGACCUGGAAGGCUGCUGGAGGGGAGGACGCGAUCACUACCAGGAUUCAGCCCGACACUGACCACAGCGUGCUGAUGAACCUUCGACAUCUUACGCUCCGGGGCGAUGUCGCCUCAUCUAUCAUGUUCGUGCGAGACGCUGUUGAGUUCGCCUUCCACAAGGUCUACAUGGACAAAUCCAUCCGCAAGGUCAGCCCUCCAGCGCUUGUCCAGACGCAAGUUGAAGGCGGCGCAACUCUGUUCAAAUUCGACUAUUAUGGCGAGACAGCUUUCCUCACCCAAUCAUCCCAACUCUACCUUGAGACAUGUCUGCCGUCCAUGGGCGACGUGUACUGCAUUGAAAAAUCCUUCCGCGCUGAGAAAUCCCUCACCCGCCGCCAUCUCUCUGAGUAUACCCACGUCGAAGCCGAGCUCGAUUUCAUCACCUUCGACGAUCUCCUAGACCAUCUAGAGGACACUAUUGUGAAAGUCCUCGAGGUUACUAUGUCUAGCCCUACCAUCGCCGGAUACGUCCAAGCGCUCAACCCCGAAUUCAAGAUGCCCGAGCGUCCCUUCAAGCGAAUGCGAUACACCGAAGCUAUUGACUGGCUGCGCGACCACGAUGUCCUUAAUGAAGAAGGCCUUCCACACACGUUUGGCGACGAUAUUGCUGAAGCGGCAGAGCGAAAAAUGACGGAUGAGAUUAACCGACCUAUUUUUCUGACACACUUCCCUGUCGAAAUUAAGGCAUUCUACAUGCAGAAGGACAAGGACGACCUGCGCGUUACUGAGAGCGUGGACUGCUUAAUGCCAGGUGUGGGCGAGAUCGUCGGCGGUUCCAUGAGGAUGGACGAUUAUGAUGAGCUCAUGGCCGCGUUCAAGCGUCACGAGAUCGACCCGGCACCAUAUUACUGGUACACGGACCAGAGGAAGUACGGCAGCUCCCCGCACGGUGGAUAUGGCCUCGGCCUUGAGCGUUUUCUGGCCUGGCUUUGCAAGCAGCACACCGUCAGAGACUGCUGCUUGUACCCGCGGUACAUGGGCCGAUGCACGCCUUGA